AGUUAAAGCACUAACCAGGUCAACGGCAGCAUCAGGACAGACACGGGGGCGAGCAUCAGAGACCAGCGUUCGAAUUGGGACUGUUUCUUCUGUAUUUUUUUGUUUUUUUUUUGGAUCAUGACCUUUUCUCCAGCAUGCUGAGCAGGAAAGGGUCUUGUGCAGGGAUGAUGAGCGCAGCUGCAGCCGGAGUGGACCGCAGCAGGGUCGGCGAGAGGCUGCAGGCUGCUCUGGCCGGGCUGCAGGAGCUGCAUCUGCUCAAGGACAGACAGAGCGACAUGGUGAGCUGGGCGCUCAGGAUGGACCGAGAGGAGCCGCUCGCUGCUGUCCACGCAGGAUCAGAGGCUGCCAGGACCGUGGGAGCCGAGGAGCAGCGCCUGGAGGCGACCCUAACUGCACUGAAGCAACAGCUGUCUCGCCUUCGAAAACAGGACGUUGGCCUGAAGUCUCACUUGCAACAGCUGGAUCAGCAAAUCAGUGAGCUUAAGCUGGACGUGAGCAAGGCCUCCACAGAGCAGCUGGAGAGUGAUAGCAGGCCAAGCUCAGGUUUUUACGAGCUCAGUGAUGGUGGUUCCUGCUCCUUGUCAAAUUCCUGCACCUCUGUGUACAGCGAAUGUCUGUCAUCGUCCCAGACAAGCCUUCUCCUUCCCUUGAGCCCUCCCAACCCCUUUAUUAGCCCUCCGUCACAAGCUGAUGUCUGCCGCCGACGCUCUGCUGAUGAGAGCACGACCCAACCCAACCCGCCACGUGCCACAGGCCUCCAUCUUGGCAGCAGCAGAAUCCGAGCAAGCACUACAGGCACUGAACAGACACGACCAAGACCUGUGUCAACAGGUGAUCUUGACAGGAUGAUGGCUCAAGGGCCAAGCUACUUCAAAUCUGGGGAUGCAAAGAAACCCUCUAUCUGCCCAAAUCUGAAGACUUCCACAAUGGAUCCCAAGUUUCAGAGCAACCUGGUGUCCCGCAGUGGAACAGAAGUAUACCAUUACCCCAGCCCUCUGCAUGCUGUGGCUCUCCAGAGCCCAAUCUUUUCUGCUGGAGGCAACCCAGCCACACCUGGACUCAUAGAGGGUCAAGCAGCCUUAAUGAAUGGAUCUUACCAGAGGGCACAAACGGGCAAAGAGACCAAGACCCUUGGAUACAUUGACAAGCUCCUACAGCGCAGCUUAAGUAAAAUCCAGAGUGAAGCAGGCACAGAGACUCGGCAGACACACAGCGACUAUCCCAGGAAACCAACUGAAGUUAUAACAAUGUUUCAAGACGUGUCUCAGAAAGAGGUGUUUUUGCGGCAACCUCAUCCAGCUCUGACCACAAACAUCAUCCAACUGGAUAGAGACCAGAAGAGACACUGUAUGACAUUCUCCAGUCAAGAGCCCACUGAUAAUACAAACCACAAAGAGCCUGAGAGAACUCAAGAGGUUCCAUAUAGGUACUCUUUUCCUGUUGCAAUGUACAGCUCUGAUGAGAUCACCACUUCAACCCAAAGAAAGAAUGGAAAGCCCCAAGGAGAAUAUCACAGUGCAGCAAGAAGCCAUUCAGAAAAGAGAUGUGGGGAAAAUCCAGAGUCAAGACCACAAGAGAGGAAGGACCAUAGACAGAGACCGGCUCAUAGCUCCAGCACAGAGGAGAGUCAAUGCUUUGAAGUGCACGCUGGUCACACAGCUUCCACUGAGUUUGUUCAUGCCAAAUUUGUCCCUGCUGGAUCCCAGAGGGUCAAGGUGAGACAGGCAGACCGUAAAACCAAAGCUGUGAAACUGAGAAGAAAAGGUGCUGAUAAGUCUCGAUCUGUGAGGCAGCAAUACGGGUACUCGUCUGGCGAAAGGACCAGAGAGGCUGGUGGUGGCACUAAAGGAGAACAGAGGAGGUCGGUAAAGGGAAAAACCACCCAGAAAAUCAACUGUCACACAGAGGAGCGCAGACAGGGCUCAGGCUCAGACUCCAGCCACUGUAGCCCCGGAGUCAUGUACACCCACAAAGUCCAUCCUAAGCCACAUCCCGUCCCUGCUGUAACAAAGUCCAGUAAAAGCCGGAGACUUCCAUGCAUGGAGUCUGAACAGUCUGUAGUUCAGAGGAAGCGAAGGCAAGGAGCUCCCAAGUGGCCGUCAAAUGCAGAGAUGUUCCAGGUGGCAUGUGCUCAGCGUCAGAGGUCAAAAGAUCCCCACUUUCAGGCACCAGGGAGCAUGCAGAUGGUCCGCAGUAUGAGUGCCAAGCCAGGCCAGUGGAGUGGACCACCUCGUCCCUUCCAGACCUCCAUGUCCACUAACUCUUUCUUCUUUCACAAUCUCAAUGCCAGAUACCCUCCAGCACCUUACCACAUGUCCAGCCUCUACCCACCCAGAUGUGAGUCUGAGUAUUCAGCUGAAUGUGCCUCCCUGUUUCACUCUACCAUUGCGGAAAGCAGUGAGGGGGAGAUGAGUGACAACACCACCAACCGCUUUGGAGACAGCGAGUCCAGCCAGAGCUUCCAGUCUCUCUCAGACUCUGACAGCAGUCUGUCUCUAGACGAGGAGGACCAGGUGGACAGUCACGAGGAGGGAAAUCUGGUCUGGGCUGAGGUUGCUCUGGGGCCCACUGCUGCUGGAAGGCCCCUCCAGCAGCUCCCACCACCCGAGCCAUCAGCCUGCAGGAUUAAAGCUUCUCGAGCUCUGAAGAAAAAGAUUCGUAGGUUCCAGCCGGCCUCAAUGAAGGUCAUGACCCUGGUGUAGUGAUAUUCCCCCAGGCUGAAGGAAAAUUGCUCCAUCUCACCUGUUCUUUUAAGCAAAUCACUGAGAAGCAGUCACUGUGCAACUGUUUAACAAAAAAAUAUAUAGUUUAGCCUGCACAUGGUGUACUUAAUGAUGGAGUGUAUAAAAGCAUGUAUAACACAGUCACUCACACUUAAUUUGUAAAUAUAUAUGUUGUUGUAAUGGAAGCUUUUCGUGGUUUAUGUCUGCCUUUGACAGUUUCAUUGAUAUAUAAUACUGUCAUAUUUAUGUUUGCAUCUGAAAAUAUUGCAAAUAAUACUUAAUUUUCAGUUUGUUUGUUUUUAUUUUGCUCAUUGCAAAUAACUGCCCACAUGUAAUGCAUUACAAUAAACACGUAUUUAAUCCUGUA